CGUUACACGACGACACCGAUAAAAAAACAAACAUAGAAUUGCCAGUCUGAUAUUGCUACGCGUGAGCUGCCGGGCGUUUGAUCCCCCGUCUAAUACCAACACAAACCAUGCCUUCCAAUUCGCCGUUUCCAGAUGUCGAGAUCCCGGAUGUCGACCUAUGGGGACUCAUGUUUGAGCGGAAAGACCGCGACUUCUCAGAUGACAAGGUUAUUUACCGUGCGAUCAACUCUGACCGAAAAUACACAUUCGCCCAAGUAAAGACCCAAGCCACAGUAUUCGGCGAGGGCCUCCGGAGUCUCUGGGAUUGGCAGAAAGAUGACGUUUUGGCACUCUACGCGCCAAAUGAUAUCGAUAUCCCACCAGUCAUAUACGGCACCUUUUUUGCAGGUGGAAUUGUUACGCCUGCAAAUCCUGGGUAUUCCAAAGAUGAACUGGCCUACCAGCUUGAGAACUCUGGCGCCAAGGCACUCGUUACCACAAAAGCGGUUUUGAAAACGGCGUUGGAGGCUGCCGACAAAGUUGGCAUCCCAAACGAUCGAGUCAUCUUGUUGGGAUAUGAGAAAGACGAGUCCCACCAGUGCAAGCACUGGACCAGUGUUCGGAAGACAGACAUCUUAGAACGGUAUCGCAGAAGGAAAGCCAACCCCGAAGACCUGUCGUUCCUUGCCUACAGCUCUGGUACAACUGGGCUGCCAAAAGGCGUGAUGCUCAGCCAUCGAAAUAUUAUCGCAGACCUUCUUCUUAUAAAAGGGGGUGUAGGCCACUGGUACUCAUCAGCAGCAGACAAGUUCCUAGGCGUCCUUCCCUUCUUCCACAUUUACGGCCUCACUGGACUCGUACAUCAAACACUGCACCGAGGCAUCGAGCUCGUCGUGAUGCCUGCUUUUGACCUGAAGAUGUUCCUGGAAGCAAUCCAAGAACAUAAAAUCACAUUCAUAUACGUAGCGCCCCCCGUCAUUGUGCGCUUAUCCAGAGACAGCCUGGUAAGCCAAUACGACCUCUCGUCCAUAAAAAUGAUCACCAGCGGUGCUGCACCCCUUACAAAAGGCCUCGUCGACGCCGUGCACAAGAGACUAGGCUUGAAAAUCAACCAAGCAUACGGCCUGAGCGAAACAAGCCCUGUAACACACACUCAGCCCUGGAACGAAUGGUACACAUCGAUAGGCAGCGUAGGAAAACUCCUCCCAAACAUGCAAGCAAAAUACAUAUCCGCCUCAGGCGACGAACUCGCCCCCGGCAUCCCCGGUGAACUCUACCUCCGCGGCCCCAACAUCUUCAAAGGCUACUGGAAAAACCCCUCGGCCACGCUUGCCGCUCUAACCCCCGACGCCUUCUUCAAAACAGGCGACAUCGGCUUCCAGGACCAACACUGUAAUUUCUACAUUACGGAUCGGGUAAAGGAGUUGAUCAAGUACAAGGGGUUUCAGGUGCCGCCCGCGGAGCUCGAGGGAAAGCUGAUGGAGAGUGAGGUCGUGGAUGAUGUCGCGGUUGUUGGGGUUGAGGAUGAGGUGCGGCAUACUGAGGUGCCGAGGGCGUAUGUUGUACCUGCGCAGAGGAUACGGGCGAGGGCGGGCGAGGACGAGGCGAGGCAGAUUGUCAAGUGGAUGGAGGGCAAGGUUGCUAGUCAUAAGCGGUUGAGGGGGGGAGUGGUGUUUGUGCGGGAGAUUCCAAAGAGUGCGAGUGGGAAGAUUCUGAGGAGGGUGUUGAAGGAGAGGAGUAAGGGGGAUGUGGCGUUGGGGGUUGGGGCUCAGGCGAAGUUGUAGAGACAUUUGUGUGUGUGUGUGUGUGUGUGUGUGUGUGUGUGUUUUUCACUAGAGUUUGUUGAUGUUGAUGUUGAUUAUCUUUUCUUUUUUGCGAGAGUAUGAUGAGCGAGGUCGGGAAUGAUUUGAUUGCAGUACCUCGACAUUCUAGAUUGCAUUAUCGAA